CUUCUCUUCUUCUUCUUCUUCUUCCUCCUACUCUUCUUCUCCGCCAGCUUUCGCCAUCUCCCCCGCCGACGUGUCCAUCCUUCAACCUUUGCCGCCCAACACCUCACCAAACCCGCCACCUUCACCAUCUUCACCACCUUCACCACCUUCACCACCUUCACCACCUUCACCACCAUGGAGACUGUCCACGGCAGCCCUCCCCCCUACGCGACUGACCGCAUCGACGCCAAUGAGAAGAAGGACGACCUCAGCUAUGUCGAGCAGAACCUUAAGCCGGAGCCGGAGGAGACCGAUGCCUUUGGCAACGAAGAGUUUGCCGAGAUCAAGUACAAGACCUUGAAGUGGUGGCAGUGCGGCUUGCUCAUGAUCUGUGAAUCCGUUUCCCUGGGUGUCCUGUCUCUGCCCGCUGCCGUUGCAACCCUGGGCUUUAUUCCGGCUAUCAUCCUCAUCGUUGGUCUGGGUCUGCUGGCCACCUACACCGGAUACAACAUCGGACUGUUCCGCGAACGCUACCCCCAUAUCCAGAACCUGGCUGAUGCCGGCGAGAUCCUUCUGGGCCCCUUUGGCCGGGAGCUCUUCGGUCUGGGCCAGUUCCUCUUCUGCAUCUUCGUCAUGGGCAGCCACCUUCUGACCUUCCGGGUCAUGAUGAACACCAUCACCGACCACGGCACCUGCUCCAUCGUCUUCAGUCUGGUGGGCAUGAUCAUCUCCAUGGUCUUCUCCAUCCCCCGCACCAUGAAGGGCAUGACCUGGAUCUCCUUCUGCUGUGAGUCCUCCCCGUCCGUCGGUGACCUCCUCUCCGUGCCUGGUCUAACGGGCCACCGUGCCACAGCCUUCCUCAGCAUCUUCACCGCCGUCAUGGUCACCAUGAUCGGCGUCGGGGUCGAGAAGCACCCGGGUCGCAUCAUCGAGGCGACCGUGGACACCAACCUCUACACGGCCUUCACCGCGGUCUCCAACAUCGUCUUCGCCUACUGUGCGCACGUCGCCUUCUUCGGCCUCAUCGCUGAGAUGGAGAAGCCCAAGGACUUCAAGAAGUCGCUGUUCAUGCUGCAGACCUUUGAGAUCUGCCUGUACACGACCGCCGCCGUCGUGGUUUACUACUACGUCGGCAAGGACGUCCAGUCCCCCGCCCUCAGCUCCGCCGGUCCCCUCCUGAAGAAGGUCGCCUAUGGCAUUGCCAUCCCCACGAUUGUGGGUGCCGGUGUCGUGAACGGCCACAUUGGUCUCAAGUACAUCUACUUCCGCACCUGCCACAAGUCCGACCUCAUCCACAGCCGGGGCCGUCGCUCGGUUGCCAUCUGGAUCGGUCUGGGCCUGGCCUGCUGGCUCGUCGCCUGGGUGAUUGCCGAGGCCAUCCCCGUGUUCAGCGACCUGAACGGUCUGAUUAGCGCUCUCUUCGCCAGUUGGUUCAGCUACGGCCUCAGCGGCAUCUACUGGCUGCACCUCAACUACGGCGAGUGGUUCGCCUCGCCGCGCAAGAUCGCGCUGACGAUCCUCAACAUGGCCAUCGCGCUGUUCGGGCUGAUCCUGUGCGUGCUGGGGCUGUACGCCUCGGGCACGGCCAUCCACAACGACGCCAACAGCAACAGCUUCACCUGCGCCAACACGGACGGGUAGACGCGUUCUGAGGGGCGUUCCACGCAGUUUUACGGCGUUUAUGAGCGACCGCGCGGCGCGUUCGUCUGGGACGACGGCCGCGGCGGGUUUGACGGAUUUGAUUUGCAUCGGCGACUAGCUACUCAUGAUUCAUCCACACACUAUUUAAUUGAUGUUCUCUUUCAUCUCU